AUGCGACGACGACCAGUUGGAUUAGCGAAUGCAACGCAUCGAAAGCAAUUAGAUAAAGACUUUCAACAAGUGGGAGACUCUAUUGCUGCCAAGGAACUUGAACAGCUUCAGAGUCAAAUUGAAGUCUUUAAAUCAAAUCUUGAAGAAUUUGCAUGGAAACAUCGUAAAGAUAUUCGCAAGGAUCCUACCUUUAGAUCCCACUUCCAACGAAUGUGUGCUACAAUUGGAGUAGAUCCACUUGCAUCAAACAAAGGAUUUUGGGCUGACUUGUUGGGAGUAGGAGAUUUUUACUAUGAACUUGGGAUUCAGAUCAUUGAAGGUUGUAUGGCCACCCGAACACGGGAUGGUGGAUUAACUGAGUUGGGUGAUCUGAAGCGCCGCCUAGAUAACGCGAGGAGCAAAGAAGGUCGUCAAGAAAAACAAGAUAUUACAAUGGAUGAUAUAGUACGAGCCAUAAAGACACUCAAACCUUUGAGUGGUGGGUUUGAGGUUCUGGAAAUAGGAGAACGUAAGAUGGUGCGAUCCAUGCCAAAAGAGCUUGAUAAAGAUCAAUCUGCACUGCUACUCCUUGCACAGAAGCAGGGUUAUGUAAACAGGCCCAUGAUUCAACAAAGUCUUGGAUGGGAAGAUGCUCGCACACAAACUGGUUUGCAACACUUGCUACAGGAUGGACUAGCAUGGAUAGAUGAUCAGGCAGAAGUAGAUACGUAUUGGAUACCAAGUUACUUUAAACUUGACGAAUAA